AAGAACACCCACCUUCAUCACAACUCCUUCUUUUAAAACAUUAACAUCUUUCUCAAUAUGAAUUCCAACACCGGUAACCAGCAGACGUACGAGGCCGGAGACCAAAGAACGUGGAAAGAGGAAAAUCGCGGUGACGUGGAAGACAGUAUCAGAUUCAACGAGGGACAGCCCAACGCCCACUCCAACGUAGACUUCAAGGAUAACCGGAGUCUGUCUAACAGAUUAGCGGCGACUGAGAAAGAGGAAAGAGAGGAAGAGGCGCGAGAUGUCAGAGCGGCAGACCCUCUAGCCCCUGCUCGUGCACACGGGAACGAACCGUCGCGAGGUGCGAAGAUAGAUGCGGAGCUGCAGCGCGCUGACGAGGAGACGUUGAGGAACAAGGGCAAAAUAUAAAUGGACUGCAAUGCACAAGUCGAAUUUCCAAUUGUAUAGUACAAAUACAUAUCGAGGACCCAUUGUAAUACCAUCAUCAUGAUCCGUU